CCCACACCCCACAAUCACGGCAAUACUUUCUCCGGUGGGUUAACCAUACGUUGGCGUCGGCAGGGUUCAGGGUUACGAUUGAUAUCGCAUCGCUAUUGAUGGAAGUUACUGGUUCCAGAUGGCUCGAUUGGCCCCGGAGUUCUCUAGUGCAGGACGGGAUGGGAGGAUGCAUGGGAGCAGGCAUGCGAGCCAUGGAACUAUGGCAGUUAUGGCAGACAAGACAGGCAUGUGAGAGGAAUAAUCGGAACCUCAGGGUCAUAGCUCCUGCGUGUUGUUGCUCAUAAGUGCAGAGCUCUCCUUCAAUACUAUUCUGCCAUUGCAAGAGCGCAGCUCUAUCAGCUUGAUCACAGAAUACAGCAACGAUGGCGCUCCCUCCCAAAGUUUACCAGUUUCUCGUGGGUGUGUUUGUGUCGUUAGGUUCUAUCACUUUCGGAUAUGAUUUGGGUGUUGUCGCGGAAGUCAUUGCCUCCGAAACCUACCAAAGCCGCUUCAAACCUACCGAUGCUCAAACCGGUGCAGUCGUCUCGCUGUUUACAGCAGGCGCGUUCUUCGGUGCCAUGUUCGCCGCUCCCUCUGCAGACUAUGUCGGUCGUCGCUGGACUAUCGUCAUCGGUAGUGUCGUUUUCAUCCUUGGCGGAAUUCUCCAAACUGCUGCCCAGAAUCUCUCCUUCCUUUGGGCGGGCCGCUUCUUCGCUGGUGUCGGUGUCGGCUUCCUUACCAUGAUCAUCCCUCUAUACCAAGCUGAGAUUUCGCAUCCCUCGAUCCGUGGCCGUAUCACCGCCCUUCAACAGUUCAUGCUGGGAAUCGGUGCGUUGAUUGCUAGCUGGGUCAGCUACGGAACAUUCAUUGGCAUCAAAAACGAAGGACAGUGGCGUAUCCCACUUGGUCUUCAACUCCUUCCAGCCAUUUUCCUCGGAGCACUUAUCUUCCUAUUCCCCGAGUCGCCGAGAUGGUUGAUUGAUAACGACCGUGGCGAGGAAGGUCUCCAGACAUUGGCAAGACUCCAUGCUAAGGGCGAUGUCAACGAUGUAUGGGUCCGUGCCGAGUUCGAUCAGAUCCAGGAGAACAUCAGCUUCGAACAUGAGCACGAAGCCAAGAGUUACGGCGAGCUCUUCCGUAACCGCUCAUGCUUCAGGCGUUUGUUGAUUGCACUUGCUCUACAAGCAAGUGUUCAGAUGACUGGUGUCUCUGCCAUCCAGUACUACUCUGUUACAAUCUACGGGCAGAUCGGAAUUUCUCCUGACGCUGCGCUUCGCUACCAGGCUAUCAACAGCGUAAUCGCCUUGAUUGCACAGGCCCUAUGCAUCCUACUUAUUGACCGUUUUGGACGUCGCUGGACGCUGAUUUAUGGUAACUUGGCAAACAUGGUGACGUUCAUUGUCGCUACUGCUCUUCUUGCAAACUUCCCUCCCGGAGAGACCACAAAUGUCGGAGCCUCAUGGGGAUUCAUUAUCGUGACCUGGGUGUACAACUUCUCCUUCUCGGCCACUUGCGGUCCCCUCUCCUGGAUCAUCCCCGCCGAGAUCUUCGACACCCGCACGCGCGCCAAGGGCGUCUCGCUCGCCACCAUGAUGUCAUUUGCCUUCAACACGAUGAUCGGGCAAGUCACUCCCAUUGCAAUGACGGCCAUCAAGUGGCGCUUUUACCUCGUCUUCGUCGUCUGUAACUUCACAAACGCCCUCUUCUUCUGGGCUAUCCUGCCUGAGACCAAGAAGAUUCCGCUUGAGGAGAUGAAUUAUCUCUUCACCAAUGCACCGAUAUUCGUCCCUGGCACCGAUAAGUCGCAGUACCAGGCCGAUUAUAACGCCGACUUGGAGUCAAGGGCGAGAGCGUUCGAGGCGAAGGGUGUGGCGGAGGCGGAGCGUGAUGAGGCUGCGGAGAAGAAGGCGUAGGCAGCGAGGAGAUGGUAUUAAUUACUAUGUAGCUCUGGCCUAUGGCGGGUUGGAUACGGUCCAAGAGCUGAUUCUCAGAUGUAACUCUCAUAUGCCAAGCUUCGAGCGCUAUAUUUAGUGAAUAGAGCAGCCACAGUAGUUAUAGGCCAACUACCAAAGACUAUGAACGUUUCAUAUAUAGCUUGGGAAUGUUCCAUUACUAG